AUGCUUUUAAAAGUGGAGGGCCCAUGCUACUGCUACUUUAGAGUCAACCCGAGGAUCAACAAAUAUUACUUAAAGUUUUUUGAAGUUGAAAAAGUCAGUGUUUUUAGCCAACCUAGAGCUGUGAAAUUCACAAAUCAGCGGCGUUUCGCCAGCGUGGUCACUUUCGGGUUGAACAUUGCCGAAGAUUGUUGUGUGACAAAACAAAAACAAGGUAUCAAUAUGAAAUUAUCAAAAACAUUGACUGAUGUCAUUAGCAAAAUUUUGGAAACUGUUGGUACCCAGAAAUCAACAUAUUACACUAACCUUGCUAAUUAUGUUCCAGUUAAUGCUGAUUUAACGGAAGUAGCAAUAUUGCCUAAUAUUCUUGUAUGGGAUCCAAUAUCUCAUCUAUCAGACAAAGAAUUGCACUGCCCCCAUUGUAUGCAAGAUGACAAUAAAAAAUCAAAGUUGGAUGUCACUGGAGAAUGGGAUAAAGGUUUGACUUCUGGUAGAUCUCCUCGUAUCAUCUGGGAUUUCAACUGGCACUUAGCUUUGAUUGGAAGAAUGUACCAGUGCUCAUAUAAACACAAAAUGGUGUCAUAUCACUCAGGGAUAUUGAACCAAAUUCACCAUGAAGAUGUACCAUUCGUACUCAGUCAUGAUAGCGGCAUGAUGAAAACUGUUUUUGACAGUAUAGUUCGCUUGGUUGAGAAUGGAAAUAAUUUUGCAGCUAUUGAAAGAAUAUUGAGUGGAUCAUUUUUGGAUCACUAUUUUCGAUCAUUUGGAAAGUUAAAAACAUUGGGAAUUCCUCCUUAUAAGAACCAUUUUAAAUCGAUAUCACCAAGUGAUAACUUAAUAAAAAAGUGUUUUGUUAUGCAUUAUCAAGGGAAUGUUGAGCACUUUGAUUGGCAUUUUCACCAUGUACAAGUUAAAAUGUUGUCAUGCGAUCACACUUUUAAGUGUGCAGCCAACAUUGGUUAUGAAAAGAAUGGACGUUGGGUGAUGCAAUUUGAUAGUGUUUUCAUCAUCUUGAAUGAAAUGGGGAAAGUUAAAAAUUUUCGCUUAACUAAAGGAACCUCAUUUGAAGUUAUUUCCUCCUUAUUUGAAAAGAUAGCAGUUCAAGCUGAAUUAGUUGAAUCUAUCUGUAUAGAUAACUGUUGUCAUUGGCGAAACAAGCUCCAAGAGAUUUUUCCAAAAUGUAGUGUGAAACUAGAUUUGUUUCAUGCAAUUCAGCGACUUACCAAGACCCUCUCUAAAAAACAUCCAUUUUUCCAUGAUGUGUGUAGAGAGGUAGGCUUGAUUUUUCGGCAGGCAAAUGAUUUGGGAACGAGUAGAAAGAAAUCAACAGCAAGCAUUGAACAAAUCAAUAACUGUCUGGAUUGCUUUGUAAAGAAAUGGCAAAACAUCAAUUACAAUGGUUGGAAUAUUUUCAAUGCAAAUUUUUACAAGGAAGUGAAAAAUCUCAAACAUCACAUUUCUCUUGGAUGCGUUUCUAAUAUUCAAGUGGGUAUGGGGACCAACAGGAAUGAACGUUUGCAUAGGGAAUUGAAAAGUCUUGUAAAAAGAAAUAAACUGGGAGUACAAACAGCCAUUUCUCUUCUUGCCCAAAUGUUUUACAUUCAUAAUUGCCGAAUUGAUGGUCAUAUGGUUGCACCUCCAAUUUGGAGCAUAGAGAAAAACUUAGGUAAUAUACUUCCAAUGCAUUCAUUGACAGAUCAAUUUAAUGAAUGUCAUGCAAAGAUUGAUGCUGUUGAUCUUGCCUAUGAAAGCUUGCUGUUGGAUAAAUCAAAUGGACCCACAGAUCAUAAUUAUACAAAGGAUGCUCAAACUAGUGGAACAAUAACUCUUGCUAAAGUGCUUUUACAUAUAAGUAGCAAGAUAACCAAAGAACUCUCAACUCGACUUUAUCGAUACCAAGGCUACUCAACUGUUCCAACUGAGAACUGGAGCCCACUUCAAUAUUAUCAGGCUUGUCAAAAAGCACAAUCCAUGAAGCCAGAAACACUCCAGGAAGUUUUAACUAGCAUGCAGUUGACUUUGAGACCAUCUACAGGAUGCAUUUACAAUGACCUAUUCAAUGUGAUGAAGGAUUUAUCUACUAAAGAAGAACUGCCAAAGGAAAUGUGUGAUUUCAUCAAUGGAUCAUUGUCACAAGACGGAGGAAUAACUUCCUUUAAAACUUUUUUAGCCAACCAUCUUCAGGAAUUUAAGUCUACUUCGAGAUACAAUAACUGUAUUGAAGGAGAAGUUCUGGAUAACAGCAUGUCAAUGUUAGAUAACUAUCAAAUCGGAAUCCUGACUUUUGGGGAUGCAUUCGGGAUUUCAGUUGUUGUCAUCCCAUCCUGUUUGGACAUCCCAAUAUUACCACUGAUAGCUAAAGAUUCUGUUGUCAGUAAGCCAGUAUUUGUUCUUUAUGAUGGCGUAAAAGAUGCUUUUUUCAUUUUGGAAGAACAAAUCCAAGGACCUUCUGAGCAAAAUGAAAUUCACUGCUCUUGUGGCAAAAACGACAAAGAUUUGAAAAAAAGGUGUGUAUACAAUUACAGAUGCAAGUGUUUUCGUGCAGGUAUUGAUUGUUCACUAAAGUGCACUUGUAAAGGUUGUCAUAACAGCAGACCCAGCAAAGCUGGCCAGAAACGACGCCGGAGAACACAGCCUGUGCUCUCUUGUACUCCUGUUUGGUCAUCCUUUGAUUUUCUCCAUCAAAGUGAUUACACACCAGCUGCUGCUCCAGUAACUACGGUACAACAUUUCCUCCUUGAAAGUUGCCUUUUUUUUCUAUUGGAUGAGCUGAAAAGUCCCUUCACAAAUUUAGUUAAUGGUUUUGUUUCCGAAAAACUUUUCAUCCGUUACCAGCAAGCAUGUAAAGACUUCGUCUCACUAGAUUCUGAACUUCUCCAACAGCUUUCUGCUCUUGAAAAGGUUUCACUUGAAAACUGGAUAAAAGGAAGAAAAAGAAAAAGUAACCAGAUGCAUCAACUUGUUACAUCACUAGUUGUAGAAGAACCACAAACCUGAAUAAAACUAAAUGUGUUAAAAACCGUUGUGUGAUGAUAGACUUAUAUGAGUAAUUUUAGUAUUGUUGAUUAACAUCUUUCUCUUUUGUUAGACCAUUGAGGAUUAUUUACUGAGUAACAACACAACAUUCCCUGUAGGUCAAGAAAUGCGUUUUUCUUGCUUAACCAAUUAAUAAAGAUAUUAUUUUUUAACCAUUGAUUGAAAACAAAUGACGUCAGAUUUUUAAGUUGGUAUAUUAUUAAGUUGGCCCACAUGCCACAAUUUUUUUUUUGGCAAUAAAUGUCGAAGUAAGAAAAACUAGGCCGAGGUAGUUAUUCUUUGGUGAUAUUUUUUUAUUUGCCAAUCUAGUGUUUAUAUUGUUACAUGGUAUUUGUUUAGUGUUUUUUUUGUUUUGUCCAAAUAUAUACUGUUUUAUAGA